GAUUGCUCUGGGCUGCAGUUAUCCAACUGAUGGCUCCUGCAAUGUUGACUGGCUUCCUUCCUCUAUGUGUGUGUCUCCUGCUGACACCUGGCUUUGCCGAGGCAGGCAAGCUACUGGUGGUACCCAUGGAUGGGAGCCACUGGUUUACCAUGCAUUCGGUUGUGGAGAAACUCGUCCACAGAGGGCACGAGGUGGUCGUAGUCAUGCCAGAGGUGAGUUGGCACCUGGGAAAAUCGUUCAAUUUUACUGUAAAGACUUAUUCCACAUUUUACACCCUGGAGGACUUGAAUCAGCAGUUCAGGAUUUUCGCCGAGGCUCAAUGGAAAGCUCGGGAACAAAGUCUCAUUUCUAUGAUGAUGAGUGUAUCCAGCGACAGUUUUUUUGAAUACUUUCUUUCACAUUGUAGGAGUUUGUUUAACAACACAAAACUAGUAAAAUACCUAGAAGAGAAUUCUUUUGAUGCAGUGUUUCUAGAUCCAUUUGAUAUGUGUGGCUUAAUUGUAGCCAAAUAUUUUUCCCUCCCAUCAGUGGUCUUCACUAGGGGAGUAUUUUGCCACCAUCUUGAAGAAGCUACGCAGUGUCCCAGUCCUCCUUCUUAUGUCCCUAGAAUGCUCUUAGGGUUCCCGGAUGCCAUGACUUUCAGGGAGAGAGUGUGGAAUCAAAUCUUCCACUUGGAGGAACAUUUACUUUGCCACUAUUUCAUCAAAAAUGUUUUAGAAUUUGCCUCUGAGCUUCUCCAAAAGACUGUCACGGCAUAUGAUCUCUUCAGCCAUACGUCAAUUUGGCUGUUACGAACUGACUUUGUUUUGGACUAUCCCAAACCUGUGAUGCCUAACAUGAUCUUCAUCGGCGGCAUCAACUGCCAUCAGGGAAAGCCACUGUCAAAGGUGAGUCACCGUUCCUUUAGCAUAUUAAGAACAAGCUGGCUCUGGACCUAA